AUGCCAAGAAAGAAAGUAUCUUCUUUCCAUAAACAGCACUGCCAUUACAUUGAUUCCAGACAGGGACACUGCCACCAUCAACCACACCCUCUGUUUUCGCUAGGGUUUCAUUCCUUUAUUUCUUUAUUCUUAAUCGCUGUUCUUCCGAAUUUCAUCGAUGUUUAUUCGCCAAUCAUAAACCACGACUUCUGCAAAUUAUUCAUUCAGAACCAAAAAAUGAAGGCGUUCUUAAUUGAAUCGGGUUUUAAGCCUUCUGGUGGGAGCCCAAGAGAGAGGACGUCUAGUAAAUUAUCAUCAGAAGCGUAUGUAUUACAGUCCAUCAGGGAAGAAAGUUUUAGGCUGAAAAAUCGACCUGAAGUUCGACCAAUUUCAGUCGACAAGAAACCAAAUUCUUUUAGACGUGUACGCGAUGAUCAUUUUGAGAAGAAGAAAGAGGGUUCUGAAGUCAUUCUCGCUAAUAUUCCAAGUAUUAGGACAAUUCCAAAAGCCAUAGAAGGAGAACAGGUCGUUGCAGGUUGGCCUUCCUGGCUUGCUGAGGUAGCUGGUGAAGCCAUUAAUGGCUGGUUACCUCGAAGAGCAGAUACAUUUGAGAAAUUAGACAAGAUUGGUCAAGGAACGUAUAGCUGUGUAUUCAAAGCUCGCGAUCUCACAAACAAGAAAACUGUCGCUUUAAAAAGAGUAAGAUUCGACAACAUGGAUUCAGAAAGUGUCAAGUUCAUGGCAAGAGAAAUCCUCGUCUUGAGAAGACUCAAUCAUCCAAAUGUAAUCAAACUCGAAGGAUUAAUCACUUCACGAACUUCAUCCAGUUUAUACCUUGUUUUCGAAUACAUGGAACAUGAUCUAACAGGAUUAGUAUCACUACCUGGUAUCAGAUUCACAGAACCACAAGUGAAAUGCUACAUGAAACAGCUCCUAAGUGGACUUGAUCAUUGUCAUAGUCAUGGUGUUCUUCAUCGUGACAUAAAAGGGUCAAAUCUUUUGAUCGACAAUAAUGGGAUUUUAAAAAUUGGUGACUUUGGUUUAGCAAGUGUCUUUGAUUGUAAUCAAAGUGUUCCAUUAACAACACGUGUAGUGACACUUUGGUAUCGACCACCUGAACUGUUACUUGGAGCUACACAUUAUGGAGUUUCUGUGGAUUUAUGGAGUGCAGGAUGCAUUCUUGGUGAAUUAUAUGCAGGGAAGCCUAUCAUGCCUGGUAGAACAGAGGUUGAGCAACUCCAUAGAAUCUUCAAGCUUUGUGGUUCACCUUCUGAAGAUUAUUGGAAAAAGACGAAAUUACCCCACUCAACAGCUUUCAAACCUGUUCAUCCUUAUAAAAGACGGAUUCUAGAAGCUUUUAGAGAGUUUCCUUUACCUGCUGUUGGACUUAUGGAGACCUUACUUGCAGUAGAACCAGAACAAAGAGGAACUGCAUCACUCGCUCUCAAGAAUCAGUUUUUUACAACAAAACCUUAUGCUUGUGAUCCUUCAAGUUUGCCACAUUAUCCUCCUACCAAAGAAAUUGAUGCUAAAAUGAGAGAUGAAGAAGCUACAAGACAAAGGGCAAAUCAAAAGGUUGAGAAGGAAAGCAAAGAAAGUCAUAUAAAGCAACAUGCGAUCUUGAAGGGUUCAAAAGAUGGUCGACCAAUGAGGGACUCUUAUUCAGGGCCAUUGGUGGCUAAUAACAAAUACUGUGAAUUUUCAAAAACAUCUAAAGAUGAUGAAAUUGAAAAGAAAGAUGUUUCUUGUUCCCAAGUAAGAAAAGAUGAAGUGGGUAAUAAUAAUAAUAAUAAGGUAUACAAGAAAGGAAACAAAAUACAAUUUUCGGGUCCACUAGUUUCAUCAAAUGUUGACCAAAUGAUUAAAGAUCAUGAUCGACAUAUUCAAGAAGCUGCCAGAAGAUCACGCCUUGAGAAGACGAGGGUUGGUGAAGUUGAGAUUGAAGGAAAGGAAAUGGUAAGAAAUGUAGUGUAUCCAUCAAGUCGACUAUCCAAGUAAAAAAAAAAAAAAAAAAAAAAAAAAAAACUUGUGGCAUGUGUUGUGAUUUAGAUGGUUUUGUGUAGAGAAAUUCUUAUUGUAUGUUUUUUUUUCUUGAAAUUAUAGUGUAUUUUAGGGAGGAAAAAUGAUAAUAUGGUGCAUAGGUUUGUAAUGUUGAUUGGUGUGCAAGAAAGAAAAUAUAGGAACAAGUAAUAGAAUGGUUUUUGAAGCGGAUUGUGGU